AUGGAUGAAUAUUUACAAUCUAGUUCGGUUUCAGAUUUGAAAGUUUUUUUGGAAGAUUUCUUGCUGAAAGUACUAGCAAUUAAAGACACUGUUUCUGAGGAAGAAACCAGAAGAAAUGUCCUUUCAAACGAACUGAACGUUGUGUUGGCAAAGCUCCGAGAUGCCGCUUUAAGGGAAGAAGAUUUGAAUGCAAAACAAAUCAUCUUUGGCCAGCAAAAUGCACAUUCGGUUGAAAAUGAUUCGGAAAAUGUGAGCCUGGUUGAAUCGCGCAAACCUAGCACAAAAACACCACUGUUAACAGAACUUCAGAGAAUUCUUGGAAUAACGAUAGUUUGCGUUGCUGAUUGUAAGGAGUUUGAAAUACAUUUCAAGGACGAACGAGGAACGAGAGCAUCCUUUGCGUACAACAAUACCGGAAUUGAAUUAACUGAUUUGCACCCACCGCUGGACAACAUCGAAACGAUUCGGUCACAUUUUCGGGAAACAAAUGAUUUGAUUGGAUUUUUAACAGUUUUGCGUAAAAAGCACGUAGUUACCAACAAUAUGUCUACGGCUCCAAUGUAAAAAUAAAUAAUGUUUA